AGGAAGGGUUAUUAUGUCGCAGUUGCCAGAAAUAGAAUGAAAGAUAUCAAUUCAAUGGGGGAAGAAAAAGAAGAACAAGGGAAAUCUCUUGAAAAUCAAAACCACCAAAUAAUAAAAGUAAUAACAUUAAUCACAAGAAAGGAAAGUCGUGCAAGGGAUGUUUAUACUACUCUUCUACUCUCAAAACAAAUCUCACCACCCCAUUUGUGUUGGCGUCCCCCGAAAUCUCCAUCAAGUCCCCAGGUACGUUGUGGGAGAAACUGAGUUGGAAGCUUCAAAAGAGGGCCGUAGUCUUAAGGAUUUCAAGUAUGGAUGUGUUGGUUACUCAGUAUACUUGGACAAUAAAGAUUCAUCAACUGAUAAGAUGGAUAAAGAAGCAGAAUUGCCAUUCUGUGUUGGGCUUGAGGUAUUGUUGGACAGAAGCCCUUCAACUGCUGAUCAUGUUCCUGCUCAUGUUCGUAAAAAUGAAGAGACUCGGCCUCAUGUUCAUGCUCAUGCUCAACCUCAACCUCAACCACAACCUCAACCUCGACCCUACAAGCCAGCACCCUUUCCAGGAGACGAAUACUUGAACAGGUUUAAAAGGAAUGCAGGACUAGUUGCAUCAGGUGUGGCCAAAAAUGUGAAUAAAGUGGGCAAUUACAUGAAAGAGACGUUGGAAGAUAUUCUAUACCCUUACAGAAGGAAGUGAAAAUUUCUCAUCACAAUUAGAAUGUCAUAAACUCCAGGUUUUUCAUGUGUAAUAACGAAUAAAGAACAGGCAUUGUUGCCUUCUUUUUUUUUUUUUUUUUUCCUGAAUUAAAUUAUAUUUUCCCUCUCAUCUUAUGAUCUUGUAAUAAGC